UAUUCGUAACAAAACAAUAACAAUGUAUUCAUCUAUUUAACCAGUAACACUGAUGUCAAAUACAAGAACUCCUGAACCAUCUACGGCAACAACAUCUCCAGAGGCACCAACUGACACCCAGCCUUCUCCAGAAGCAACAGGAGUACCAGCAUUCCCAGAUUCAACAACAACAGAGAGCCCAACAUCUUCAAUUCUUACAACAACUGAAGCAACAACUACAGUAUCAACAGCAGCAACGACUGCAGCAUCUUCACCGACCACAACACCAACAACAACACCAGCAAAAUCAACAUUUACACCCAAUGGCGUAUACAGGCAAACUGGUUCUGUGGCUACCAGCCCUGCGUUUGACCCUUGUCACAGGUACUCUGUGCUAGAUGACGCAUGGAGGGCUGCCAACAACACAAUCCAUGACAACUACAACAUCUUAAAGUGUGACACUAACGUCUACUGGCAAGGCUGGUACCGGAUGUUUUACCAGGGAACAGAUGCCCAUAUGCCAGAGUACUGCGUGAGAAUGAACCGCUGUGGAGCCCAUGCUCCUUUGUGGCUGAAUGGAACACACCCGCGAGUGGGGGAGGGUAUCGUGACGCGCCAGGUCUGUGGGCACUGGAAGUGGGGAUCGUCCAAUGCAGAGGACUGCUGCAACUUUGCAAACCCACCUGUUAGAAUCAAAGCGUGCCCUGGAAACUACUAUGUGUAUGAGUUUGAGAGACCAUUUUACUGCUAUCUGGCCUACUGUACAGAUGUGGGUGAUAUUGCUUUUAACAUGAAAGCCCCAGAACCAACUGAUGGACCAACACCACAACCCAACAUUGGAACGACAGCAAGUCUCCCUUCAAGUGUAUUUUACCCCUUCGGACCAGGGGAUUCAUAUUCCAGUCGUGUCGAUGAUGGCUCGACAUCCAUUAACACAGCGCAAUCAUUUCGCUAUUUCAGGCAGGCAUUAACCCGGAUAUACGUUAACAACAACGGAUUUCUCACUUUUGACAAUGGAUGGCGAGGAUGGAGUCCAUACCAGUUUCCUGCUUAUGCACACCGCAACAUCAUUGCCCCGUUCUGGACAGACAUUGACAAUCGACGUAGAGGCACCAUAUCCUACCGCCAGUACACCAGUGGCAGUGUCCUCCAGCAAGCUUCAACAGACAUCAACCAGUACUUCCCUGGAAUAAGCUUCUCAGCCUCCUGGGUCUUUGUUGCAACAUGGGACAAAGUGGAAUAUUACUCGCACUCAGGAACAGAAACAUCAUUUCAAGUGGUCCUGAUCUCAGGGGCUCAAGUCUCAUUUGCACUGAUGAAUUAUGGUGCCAUUGGUGCGACACGCCAUCAUGUGCAGGCUGGCUAUGACACCAUCAACUCAGCACAUCAUUUCUCAAUCCCUGGCUCCUUCAUGAGCAACAUCGGCAAUUUAAGGCACACUAGCAACGUCAACAGACCAGGUCGCUGGGCCUUCCGGGUUGAUGAUGGACCACAAGGCUGCCAAUAUAAUGGUUUACCUGUGCAGGUUGGAGACUCUUUCUGGACAGAUGCCACCUGUCAGCAAAGAUGCACCUGCAUCAGUGGAGGCCUCCUCCAGUGCCAGCAACAGUCCUGUACCUUUUCCCAGGUGUGUCGUCCAGCGGCCUUCCAGUACUCCUGCCAGAAUAUUCAGCGACGCACCUGCACCAUCUCUGGUGACCCCCACUACUACACCUUUGACAGGAAAGUCUUUCAUUUCCAGGGAACCUGCACGUACAUACUCUCCGAGGCUUGUGGCAAUGGACUGCCAUACUAUCGUAUUGAAGGGAAGAAUGAGCAUCGGGGCAGCACACGUGUGUCGUGGACCCGUCUUGUAAGAGUGUGGGUUUACGGUGAGGAAAUUGAGCUGGUCAAAGGCCAUCAUUACCAAGCAUUGGUGAACGGUAGUUUUGUGACGACCCCAUUUACCCUACGGAAUGGGGCCAUCCAGGUCUACCAAUCAGGUUUCUCUGUGGCUGUCAGUACAGACUUUGGCCUGCUGGUCACCUACGAUGCCUAUCACUAUGUCAGAAUCUCAGUGCCCUACGAGUACCAGAACGCUACCUGUGGCCUGUGUGGCAACUUCAACCAACACCGUCAUGAUGACUUCCGAACCCGUGAUGGGCAACUUGUGAGUUCAGACGUGGAGUUUGCCAACAGCUGGAAGGCCCCAGGGGACACUGACCCAGGCUGCCAGGACGUGCAAUGUGCAGGGCUGGCUUGUGCUGCUUGCACCGAUAACCAAAGGACUCUUUACGGAAACACUGCCCACUGUGGAAUCCUCAGCAAUAAUGUCGGCCCGUUUGUUUCCUGUCACUCAAUGCUGUCUCCACAGAGCUUUGUAGAAAACUGUGUGUAUGAUCUGUGUGUGGGUGACGGCUACCAGCCCAUCCUCUGCCAAGCACUCAAUGUGUAUGCUGCCCAGUGUCAACAAGAGGGCAUUCAGUUGGGUCAGUGGAGGAGAGAGGGAUUCUGUGAAAUCCCCUGUCCAGCCAACAGCCACUUUGAGUCUCAAGGAACUGGAUGCCCUGCAACCUGCAGCAACCCCAAUGCUACCCAGAAUUGCCCACUGCCCAACCUGGAGAGCUGCAUCUGUAAUGCUGGCUAUGUCCUAAGCGGCGGGCAGUGUGUUCUGGAGAGUGACUGUGGUUGCACCUUUGAGGGGCGGUACUAUACAGCUGGGGAGAAAGUGGUGCUAGACCAGGACUGUGGGAGGCGCUGCCACUGUACUCAUGGGACAAUGAGCUGCCAGACACACAGCUGCAGUGAGCUGGAGGUGUGUGGGGCCCAAGGUGGUGUGCGGAGCUGCAGACCUCUCAGCUACGCCACCUGCUGGGUGGAGGGUUACGGUUCGUAUCGCACCUUUGAUGGAAAGACCUUCCAUUACCCAGGUGCCUGUAGUCUGACAUUGGCGAGGGUCAGGGGACAAUCAGAAUUACCUCAUUUUCAAGUAAGUGUCGAGAAAGUUCCCACAGGCCUAAGAGAUUUUGCCAGACACCUGAAGUUUGAAGCAGAAGGAACACGAGUUUCUGUGGAGAUGGGGGAGGGAGCCAGAACAAAGGUGGAUGGGCAAACAGUGGGCAUUCCUUUCAGUGUCAGCUCAGGUCAUAUUCACAUCUACCACAGCAGUGUAAAAGGUGUUGUCAUAGAGACCAACUUCGGAGUGAUGGUGAGAGCUGACUGGCCUCAUGUCAUCCGCAUUACCGCUCCUGGCAACUACAAUGGCACUCUAGGAGGCCUGUGUGGAGAUCUGAAUGGAGACCUUCGUGACGACUUCCUCUCCCCCACUGGAGUUCCCCUCUACGACUCACAGCAGUUUGGGGACAGCUGGAGAGAUGGCUCCCUGUCAGCAUUCUGCGUGGAACCUCAGGUCUUAGAACCCGGACACUACCAGAACACAAGCCAGUUCAGGGAGCUGUGUGGCAUCAUGGGAUGGGCACAGGGGCCUUUUAGCCAGUGCCAAGCAAGGCUGGACCCCCGGGGACGGAUUGAAGACUGUGUCCAGGCUCUAGUGAGAACACAUGGUACUCGAGAGGCACUGUGCGAGGCACUGCGUGGCUACACCCUUCUUUGCCAACAGAGUGGCAUCACAGUAGGGGAAUGGAGGAACAUCACUAACUGUGAGGUAACCUGCCCACCCAACAGCCAUUAUGAGCCAUGUGGAACAUCCUGCCCAGCUUCCUGCCCAAGCCUGUCUUUCCCCUUCCUGUGUACUCAGCAGUGUCAGGAGGGGUGCCAGUGUAAUGACGGGUUCCUCCUGAGUGGGGAUCGUUGUGUGCCACCCACGGGUUGUGGCUGCCACCAUGGUGGGCGCUAUAGACAGAGUGGAGAGCGCUACUGGUAUGGUGAGGAGUGCCAGUUCCUGUGCCAGUGUAAUGGCAUCACCGGACAGUCGAAUUGCAUGGCCUCUUCUUGUGGUGCUCAGGACUCUUGUCGAGUCGUGGAUGGACAGUACGGUUGCCAUCCUAAACCUGAAGCCACCUGCUCGGCCUCUGGAGACCCACACUACACCUCCUUUGACAGACGCACCUUUGACUUCCAGGGUACAUGUCGUUAUGUCCUGGCAUCAGUUUGCAAUGGAACACAAGGCCUACCUCACUUUCAGGUGGAGGCCAGGAAUGAGGCAUGGAAUGGUCUUCACGUCUCCAUCACUGUGGCAGUUUACGUCAAUGUGUCUGGACAUCUGGUGUACAUCUCAAAAGAAAAUCGGGGGACUGUACAGGUGAAUGGGGAGACAAGAAACCUGCCAGUCCUUCUUGAUGGGGGCAGAGUGUCUGUCUAUGCCAACGGACUGCACACGUUUGUGAAAACAGACUUUGGUCUGACUGUCAGUUAUGAUGGCCGGUGGGUGUUGGACAUCACAGUGCCAUCCAACUACAGUGGUGCCACAUGUGGCCUGUGUGGAAACUUCAACGGCAUCCAGGGUGAUGACUUUACUGUCCAGGAUGGGAGUUCUGGCUCUGUGGCCCUCUCUGCUUCUGAUUUUGGAGACUACUGGAAGGUUGAUGACGGCAUGCCCUGUACUGGAGGAUGUGGAAACUCCUGCCCAGUGUGCCAAGAUGACUGGAGAGCCCGUGCCCAGUGUGAGCUACUCAGAGCUAGCAAUGGACCACUGAGCUUCUGCCAUGCCCACGUGGACCCCCAGCCAUUCUUGAACGACUGUGUCUUUGACGUGUGUCUGUCUGGGGGCAGAAACGAUGUCCUCUGCCGUGAGAUGGAAGCAUAUGUCAGCGCAUGCCAAACUGCAAAUGUCAUCAUUUACCCUUGGCGGCAAAAUAGCACCUGCCAAAUGGAGUGUCCAGAAAAUAGCCACUACGACCUGUGUGGCACAGAGUGUGGGCACACCUGUGCCAGCAGCAUUGAUGCCAGCUGUGACAGGACCUGUGCUGAGGGCUGUUUCUGUGAUGAUGGAUUUGUGAGGAGCGGGGGGCGCUGUGUCCCUGUGGAACAGUGUGGCUGUCUUUAUGACGGCUUCUACUUUGAGAUCGGGGAACAGUUCUGGACACAAGCCUGCUCUCAGCGCUGUGAGUGUUUUGCCCAAAAUGACCUCCGCUGCACCCAGUCCUUUUGCCCCCCAACUCAGGAGUGCUCUGUCAGAGAUGGCCGCCGGGGUUGCUAUGGUCAUCUGUCGACCUGCACAGUCUGGGGAGACCCUCACUACAUCACCUUCGAUGGGGCUGUGGCUCACUUUCAGGGCACCUGUGCUUAUGAGAUUACCCACACCUGUGGCAACAUGAGUGAUGACGCAUUGACCUUCCGUGUAGUAGCCGCUAAUAGUCACCGUGGCAACUUAAUUGUGUCUUUUGUGUCCACUGUGGAUGUGUGGCUCUCUCAUGGAGGAGUACAAAGCCACAUCACUAUUGGGCAGAACAGGAGAGUCAAGGUUGAUGGUCAAGACAACAAUGCAAACAGCAUUCAGGUUGGCUCCCUGGCGCAGUUGACUCGAGAGUCUGGAUUUGUGGUUGUGAAUGCCUCAGGGGAGCUGGUGGUCCAGUUUGAUGGUCGUAGUAGACUUCUAGUCAGACUGAGUCCAAAUUAUCAUCAAUCUGUGUGUGGGAUGUGUGGGAAUCACAAUAACAACCCAGCAGACGACAAGGUUCUGCCCAAUGGCACUCUGGCCCAGACUGACAGGCAAUUUGGCCAAAGUUGGAAAUCAGAUGCAAGCAGUCCUGGAUGUGGAGCCAGUGACCGGAUUGGAGACGGGAUGUGUCUCUUCAGAGCAGAAUACACAGAUCUGUGCAGCCUCAUCACCAACAGCAGCGGCCCGUUCCGGCAAUGCCACCUGCAUGUUGACCCACAGGCGUACUUCACCUCCUGCGUGUAUGAUCUCUGUGCCUACACACCAGCCAAUGGCAUGCUGUGCUCAGCGGUGGAGGCCUAUGAGACAGCUUGCACUGUGCUGGGGCUCCAAACAACAGAAUGGCGUUCUGCACUGCAUUGCUCUCUUGAUGACCCCUGUGAAGAACUGGACUGCGCUGAGGACGAGUGGUGUGGCCAGAAAGAUGGAGUCUACGGCUGCUUCUGCAAUGAGGAUCACCCGAGACCUCAUGCUGAGUCCUUUGACUCUGUGGAAUACUGUUCCAGCAGCACAGGCACCAUGUCUCUGUCUCGCUGCCAGCUGUUUGAAGCAGGCUUCUCGGCUGACACCCUCCACCUCAACGACCCCAGCUGCAACGGCACACUCCAAGAUGGCAGAGUGGAGUUCCUCUUCGACAAUGAGAAUCACACUUGUGGAACCACUCUAAGGAGCAACAGCACCCACUUCAUCUAUGAGAACUUAAUCCAGGGGGAGGCCAACUCAGCCGGUGGCCCCAUCAGCAGAGAGAGACGGAUACAACUGCUCUUUUGCUGUGUCUACCCUCUCACUCAGGCACUCUCCAUGGACAUGGACAUCAAUCCCCUGGAGAGUGUUGUGACUAAGAAGUUACCAGGAGGUCAAGGAGCCUACCGUGUCCGAAUGAUUCCCUAUGAAGAUGCAGGAUUCUCCCAUGCCUUCUCUGGGAGGGUGACUGUGGCGGUGAACCAGCGGAUGUACGUGGCUGUCCGCCUGGACGGAGUGGACAACCGCCAGAUCGCCAUGGUGAUGGACUCCUGCUGGGCCACUCCUGUCAAUCAGGCAGACUACCACAUCCGAUGGGACCUCAUCAGAAACGAGUGCCCCAACCCCAAUGACAACACAGUGGAGAUGCUUCAGAAUGGCGUCAGCACAUCAGGUCGUUUCUCCUUCAGGAUGUUCACCUUCACUGCAAACACCUCCAAGGUUUACCUGCACUGCAGCAUCCACCUGUGCUUGGUGGCGGGCAGCGACUGCACCGCCCACUGUUACCCAGGUUACCCCCAGAGGCAGCGCCGCUCUGUUGAUUUCCAUGACAGCGCCUCCAUCUCACUGGGGCCUCUGGUUUGGGCCAGUGGCAGAGCAGAUGAGAGAGACAUGAUUGUCCCGAACCCUGUGAGGCCUCGGGUCUGACUGCAUCUCUGAUAGUCUUGUUCCUCUCUGCUCUCACUCUCACGCCUCUCAUCUAGAACAGAAAACAGCUACACAAUCACCUGGCUCUGAAACCAACAUUCACAGCAUUCAUAGAACACAGCUACACAAUCACCUGGCUCUGCCAAACCAACAUUCACAGCAUUCAUAGAACACAGCUACACAAUCACCUGGCUUUGACAAACCCACACAAAGCAUUCAUAGCACAGAACACAGCCAGACAAUCACUGCAAAAAAAACUUCCAGCCAUACUGGCUACAUCUGAACCUAUACUUGCAAAUAUGGCCUAUUUCUAUAAAUAUUAACUAUUUGCCUCAAUGACGGUCAUCUCUGAGAUGAUCUGACAGUGCUGCACCAUUUCCCUUCUGUGGUAACAUACAGGAGAGCAUGGUGUCCUGCUGAUUGAUAUUCAUGUGAGAACAUAGCUAGACAAUCACCUGGGUCUGGGAAAGACCUACAUUAACUGUGUUCAUAUCAGAAAACACUUUUAGCCAUACCAGCUACAUCUGAAAUGAUCUGCACUUGCAAAUAUAUUUCUUUAAUAUUAACAAUGUUCCUUGCUGAGCUAUAGAGGUAUACUAUUUCCUUGCUGAGCAUGGUGUGUUGCUGAUUGAAAUGCAUCCUUUUAUGGUGUUUUGGGGGAAAUUUCAAAUAAAUAAAGUGGAAAAUAGAAAAUGUUGCAUGUCACGGAUGUACAUUAUGGCUCUAUGUGUGUAGAGAAAAUAUCAUGUUUGAUUCGACAGUUUUCUUACAGGAGACAUGUGAAGUAUGACCGCUU